AGUAAUCUGACUCCCUGAGCAGCCCUGGGAGCUUGGGACCAGCAUGCAAGCUGCACUCUGGCCAGGGAAGGCAUGAGUGACAGACCCGCAGCAAGGCGGUGGGGUAAGUGUGGACCUUUGUGCACAAAAGAGAGCAUCAUGGUGGCCUUCAAGGGGGUGUGGACUCAAGCUUUCUGGAAAGCAGUCACUGCGGAAUUUCUAGCUACGCUUAUUUUUGUUCUCCUCGGCCUGGGAUCCACUAUCAACUGGGGUGGCACAGAAAACCCCUCACCUGUGGACAUGGUUCUUAUCUCCCUUUGCUUUGGACUCAGUAUAGCAACGAUGGUGCAGUGCUUUGGCCACAUCAGCGGAGGCCACAUCAACCCUGCCGUAACAGUGGCCAUGGUGUGCACCAGGAAGAUCAGCAUCGCCAAGUCCAUCUUCUACAUCGGGGCCCAGUGUCUGGGUGCUAUCAUCGGAGCGGGAAUUCUCUACCUCGUCACACCUCCCAGCGUGGUGGGGGGUUUGGGUGUUACCACGGUUCAUGGAAAUCUUACUGCUGGUCAUGGUCUUCUGGUGGAGUUGAUCAUCACAUUUCAGUUAGUGUUUACUAUUUUUGCCAGUUGUGAUUCCAAACGGACUGAUGUCACUGGUUCAAUAGCUUUAGCGAUCGGAUUUUCUGUUGCAAUUGGACAUUUAUUUGCAAUCAAUUACACUGGUGCCAGCAUGAACCCUGCCCGAUCCUUUGGACCUGCAGUUAUCAUGGGAAAUUGGGAAAAUCACUGGAUAUAUUGGGUUGGACCAAUUAUAGGAGCUGUACUUGCUGGUGGCCUUUAUGAAUAUGUCUUCUGUCCAGAUGUUGAACUCAAGCGUCGUUUUAAAGAAGCUUUCAGCAAAGCUGCCCAGCAAACAAAAGGGAGCUACAUGGAGGUAGAGGACAACAGGAGUCAGGUAGAAACUGAUGACUUAAUUCUAAAGCCUGGACUGAUGCACGUGAUCGACAUUGAUCGGGGUGAGGAGAAGAAGGGGAAAGACCCAUCUGGAGAGGUGUUGUCUUCAGUAUGACUAGAAGGCAACACUGAAAGCAGACAAGAACCCUUUCAACGGUCCUCAGAUUUCCUUCCACCCAUUAAGGAAACAGAUUUGCUAUAAAUGAAACAUGUGCAGGUUUAAUUUUCCUCAUCAUAUGGCUCAAUCUAAACCACAUUAUAUUCUCUUAUUUACCUAAGGGAAAGAAAGAAAUCUAUUGUAAAUUCCAAGUCUAAAAGAAAUAUCUUUUUCAAGUGUCCCCCGAAGCUUAUAUGUAUCCAUCUUAUGUAGUUGUUGUACAUUGAUAACCACAUUGAAACAUGUUCAAAAAUUUGGUUAAGUUUUAACUGACUUUUAGAACUUUUAGACCUAUCAAAUUUCCCUCAGUAACCAUGCAACUGGUAUUUCCCAUCUUAAUAUGAGUGUUUACUAAUCAAGUUUAUUACUGGCAAAAUAAGUGUGCCACAAAGUCAUGCAUACCCACUAAAAAAAUGUAGCAAGUUUUUUAUGGGAAAUUCCUUAUUUAAAAUAUACCUUAGCAAAAGAAGAUUAGUGCAAAUAUUUGUUAAUGAGUUCUUUCCAUUUAUAUUGAAAAAAAACCAACUUUUGAUUCAAACUCCAAUUUGUGAUAUUUUUUUCUGCUUUAUCUUCCAAGACAGUAUAGAAUGAAGGCUCCAAAAUUUGAGGAAUGAUCAGAAACCUGUAUAUGUGUUAGUUUCGCUUAUAUACACCUAACUCAUGAGAACAACUCUUGAGAUUCAUGACAGAUUUAAAAUAUCUUUUUUGGGGGGGGGAGAAAAAAAUUACCAUAAGAAUUAUAAUGAAAAAUGAAAUCUGCAUUUAAUUGAUCUGUUUUCAGUGCAUAACCUUAAAUAUAUCACAUGAGGUUUUAAAUGACAAUGUUUAAUCACUAACCACUUAGCUUUUUUUUAAUUUAUUGUCAAAUUUCAUUGUGACCUUGUCUAUGUAUAAUUUUAGUUAUCUAUAUUUAAACAUUAGCAGAGAUUUACUGCUAUUCUCUCCUUUCUUACAUGUUGAGUAUUUUAGUCUGUGUGUAAUAAUUGUUUAACAGAUUUUAAAUGCAUAAGACAUAAGAAAUAACACAGUUGAAGACUUGACUUAAUAUUCAAAACUUACUAUAUGACCAAUCUUUUAUUUGUAAACAUUAUAUGAAACCCAACACAUUUUUUAAAGUAUUUGUUACUGACUCAUUUAUUUGUUAAAAUGUUUGUGUUACCUUGCCUUUUGUAGUAGAAUGAUCUCUAGAACUCUAGAGGGUCUGUCAUCUUCAUCAUUUAAUCUAAACUGUAUCAUAGACAAGUUUCCCAGAUGUCGAUUUCCUUGAACUUAAGCUAGUAGCAGAGAAAAAUCCCAUUAUCACCAAGAGUGACUUUGUACAUAGCUAAUAAUCAAGAACUUUCUUCUCUCAAGCACAGUUCUGAGUGCCAUUUUGUACUGCUGUUAUAUUAAUGGUAGUUAUGUAGCUGUGGCAGAGAUAAUGGACCACUACUGACGGUGAUUCUUUUUGGUGCUAGGAAGAUGAUAUGUAAAGUUUGCAGUUUCUUUAUACCAAUGUCAGUUCUAGGAGUGUCACUGAAGAUUUCUGUCAAGUACCUAGAUACCAGUUCUGCUCUUCAGAACUGUAGCCAUCUGCCAAUGACACAAACACAGUUUACUUUCUAUUUGUGGUAGCAUUUAUAGAAACUAACUUCCAAGUCCAAGGAUGCUUAAUGCUUAUGGAUUUAAUGUUUGUACAAUUUACCACGACCAGCUUAACAUAUUGUAAAUUUCAACAAAUACAUCAAUUCAAAAAAUAGGUUAACAAGGAAGAAUUAAAUAGAUUUACUGAAUACUUAGAGUUUGCUGGAUUAUACUCUUUUGUAUUCAGCCAUAUGGUUAACUUAUUUUACACUCACUUUUCUACUCAAUUCCAAUCAGAACAUCCUAUAAGUUGGACAUUAAAAGAGUGAUCUUUCUUGUAACUUGUUUUCAAACAUCUAGCAGAGUGCCUUGUGUGUUGCAUAGUAGGUGUUCCAAAGAAGUAUGCUAGUUAUUAAAUAUAUAUAUUUAAUUGGGACUUCAGAAUAAAGAAGUAAUUUUU